CACCUGACAAACAAGGAAAUUCCUGUUCAGCUGCUGAAACCAAAUAAACCCCGAAUACUGAACUUUUUAGAGAGGAUUCACUGAACUAAACUUUGACUAAAUCAAACCUAAAAACAUGACCUGGCGUUGGAGCGUCUGCGUGUUUGCUCUCGAUGUUUUGUUUUGUUUAUUUUACGGAGUUUUAACCUUUAAAGACCAAAGUGUGAGUCUGAACGGUAAAUGGAGUCUGUCUAACUCCAAUGGUUCACUGAUAUUACCUGCAGAUGUUCCUGGAUGUGUUCAUACAGCUCUACAGAAACGGGGAUACAUCCAGGUAGGUACAUUUAUACAUUAACAAUUUACAAUUUAAUGUCUUAGUCCAGUUAUUUUUUAGGUUAUUUUCUUAGUACAGCAACAGUUUACUCACAUUAGAAGAACUUAAAGCCAGAAAAGUAAAACUUUUUUUUAAAGUAAAUGCAUAUUUUUGGUAUUUUUCUGGGAUAAUAAGGUGUUUUUGUGCACUAAGGUACAAACUGUACUUGAGUUUUUGUGUUUUAUGGCACUUUAACAACAAAAAUCAGCAUAUAAGAGUACACAAAGUACACAAGUAUUUUGUCUGACACUUUACUUACAGCCACAAAAUACUCCUAACUAGUCCUUACAGAUGUGUUAUAGGAUCAUAUAGCUGUUAAUACCCUCAUACAGUGCAGUCACAUGCAGCACAGUAAGUCAUGUUUUAGCCAUAGACUGUAUAUAGAAUAUAAUGUAUAAUAUUUUAUUUUUAAAUAAUAAUAUAAUAUAGUAUAUACAGUCUCUGGUUUUAGCAUGUUGUGAGUAUUAAUCUGACAUUUUAAUAAGACUGGGUGAAGUUGUGAGAGUUAUAAUGUGUCAUUAAACACAGAAUUCAAAAGUUGCAGAUUUUUCCUUAUAUGUUAUAAAUCACUCCUUUAUAGGACAUUAUUCCUACUGCUUAUUAUCGGUUAUAAUGAUGGUAAAAAAAGCCUAUAGGUUCACAGAUAAGGGUUUAUAAAUGUGCUUAUGAUGAAUUAUAGGAGGUGGGUUUAUAUGGAGUUACUAAGUUUAUGAACCGUUGUUUAAAUGACAUGCAAUAGUAUCGAUCAGUGAUAAUAUUAUGUUGUAUAACUGUGUAAUAAAAUAAACUUAAUCGCGCUAAAGAGACAAAGUGACUCAAAAAAUGAAUUUACAACACUUUUACUGAACUGAGUAUGGACAUCAAAAUCAUAUUUUUAUGUAUUCAUAAUCCAGUUACUGUCCUUUUGUCAAAAGAUUUAAUUACUUGCAUGAAUCAGUUAUAUCUUGCGGUAUGAUUCCCUGUCCUUCCACAUACGUACAUGGAACACCUACAUCAGGGAGAGCAGCAGUAGAUCUAUAGAGUCCAAGGUACAUCUCCUUAAUGUCCACAGACUCUGCAGAAUCAGCAGCAGCUAUACCUGUGUAAACUCUCCUAAAUCCAUAAACUGAGAGAGGAAUCAAAUCCAGUUUCUAAUCAAAGUGAAUCUUUCCAGCUGAACCCUUGUUUCCUCGUCUUUUAGGACCCGUACUUCAGGUUCAAUGAUCUGUCCUAUCGAUGGAUUGCCUUCGAUAACUGGACAUACACGACAACAUUUAACGUCCCUGGAGAGCUGAAGUCAGAACAAGACUUUAUGUCACUUUUUAUGGUUCAUGUCUUCAUUUUGAAGUUCUCUAAAACCAUCUGUCUGUGCAUGAACAGGUCCAGGCAGAAGAUCCUGCUCGUCUUUGAUGGUGUGGACACCGUAGCGUCAGUUUCUCUCAACGCUCUCAUUCUUGGAGGGACUGACAACAUGUUUCGUAGAUAUGUAAGAUGACUGUAAAUCAGUAGAGGACGAGCUCUCUUCACAUGUCGUCCUCUUUAUGUAACAUUAGCUGUUGGUGUGCAGGAUUUCUCAGUGAGAGAGCUGCUGACUGACGGGGAUAACGUCCUGAAAGUCACCCUCUUUUCUCCGGUGGUUUACGCGUCUGAGCGGAGUGAAGCUCACUCUUCAUACACAGUUCCUCCAGAGUGUCCUCCAGACGUCCAGAAGGGGGAAUGUCACGUCAACUUCAUCAGGAAAGUAUGUUUGUGACGCCAUUUUAACCUGAAUAAUUAGACUCUAAACUAAGAUUUGUUUCUCUUUUAUUGUUUUAUUGAACAUUUUUUUGUAUUUUUAGAAGUUUUCUGCUUUUAUUUAAUCAUUUCUCCAUUUUUCUUCAUAUGCCGUCUGCUUUAGACGUGCCUUAAAAUGUCUUUUUCUGACAGAACAGAGUCUAAGUCUAAAAAAAACAAAUAAAAAUACAUUUAUUCAUGGGUGUUUCAUAUUAAUACUCUCUAGUCUACCAGGUCAGUGUCGCUUUUUCUGCACAAACUGCUUGAUGACAUGAGUUUCAGUCUCCUAAAUCCGUGUUUCCUGCGUUAAAAAGCUCUUAAAUCUGUCCGUUUCUGUGCAGGAGCAGAGCUCCUUCAGCUGGGACUGGGGGCCGUCCUUCCCAACGAUGGGACUGUGGAAAGAGGUUCGACUGGAGGGGUUCGACGUCAUCCAACUCAUCCAGGUUUCACCCGUUCCUCUUUACAGUAAGUUUCAGCUGAAGUACAAACUUGGUGUUGGUUAAAUACUGUCAACAAAACUUGUUAAUAGGAGCUCUGGUUUGAGCCAGCACCCCGCAUACAAAGGGGUGCCUGCUUUAAAACUUUACUAUGCUCAAAUAAAAGGAAAAAAAACAAAAUACUCUCUUUUAUUUCUAUUCUGCCACUUUCACUCUGUCUCCCCUCAAUUGAGGUUGAUCAACGUCUUUGUCUUCAUAGUUUUUGUUUUGAUAAUCUGUGUCUCUGAGUAGAUUCCAGCCUCUCUCAGUGGAUGCUCCAGGUUGAGCUCCUUGUCGAUGCCGUUCAGACGACGGACGGUAAUAUCACUCUCUCCAUACCUGAGCUGAACUCGGAGGAGACCUUCACUGUGCGGUUUCCAACAGGGAGGAGCGGAAUCAGCUUCACCUUGAAUAUCAACACGGUAGUUAUUUGUCCAGAAAUCAGAGAAACGUUGGAUCUUUAGCUGAGAUUUCUAGCAGAUUUAAAGUUUAGUGGGUAAAAAUCUUCAUUUUCCUUCAUUUUUUAUUCUCCUCUUUUUCUUUUAGAGCAGCGACGUGAAUCUGUGGUGGCCAAACGGACACGGUGACCGACCUUUUCACCUCCUCACCAUCAGUUGCCUCCAGGAUGAAUUCAUGAUCCUGAAUACAGAAACUAAGGUCAGACAUCAAACCUGUCAGCUUUCAGAACCUCCCUUUAUUUUAUUAUGUCUUUAAGUUCAUGAUAAAUGCAUGAGCUCCUGACCCUAACACUAUGUUUGACCUCUUGUACCUGCAGUCUGGUUUGUAGAUUCCUGAGCUGUGUCCGUGUUUUGACUAGCUAAUGUCUCCUGCAGGUGUAUUUUCGAACUGUAGAACUUGUCCAGGAGCCAAUCCCUGACUCCACCGGCUUGAGCUUUUAUUUCCGCAUCAAUGGGAAACCCAUUUUCCUCAAAGGCUCCAACUGGAUCCCGGCCCACUCCUUCCAGGACCGCGUCACCCCUGCUGUGUGAGUUGAUCUAAAAAGCUGCUUUAAUGUGGUUACACUCGCUGGAAUUCAAUUAAUUCCAACAAUGUUACUCUAGAGUUUCUGUUUUCUCCUCCUCGUCUCAGACUUGAUGAGAUCUUGUGUCAAACUCUGAGUUUACAGUGAAACUGAGGCCGCCUGCUGUGUGUGUUUGCUCUGCAGCUUAAGGAACUUGUUGCAGUCAGCUGUUGACGCGAACAUGAACGCCCUCAGAGUGUGGGGGGGAGGAGUUUACGAGCAGGAUCUCUUCUACAGCAUUUGUGACGAGAUGGGGAUCAUGGUAACAGCAUCAUCCUUCAGUACUCCCAUCACUGACUGUAUAUAAAGACGCACAGGCUGUCUGUAUGAAUCUUUUUGAUUCUGUAACAGUGACGAUGACUCAUGAACAGACCGCUGAACAGAUGGAGGCUCGAAGUGAUCAGAUAUGUGUGUCUGCAGGUUUGGCAGGACUUCAUGUUUGCCUGCGCCAUGUAUCCCACCGAGGACGACUUCAUCCAGACGGUGAGAGAGGAGGUCAUCCAGCAGGUAAACUCCGCUUUUGACUCAUGUUAGUUUCCUCUAUUAGUCCUGAAGGUGGCGUAUCAGGACACGAGAAAGUCAGGAUCUGGUUCUCAAAGGGAUUGUGCAGCUUUUGCACCUGCUGAACUAGACAAAGAGAUACUGUGGAGUAAAAUGCACAUUCACUGCAUAUGAUCAAGCCGAUCAGACAGACGACUGCCUGUUUGCACUGAAUAAACAUAGUUUAAAUGCUGGAUAUGGAUCAUUCUUAUACAUAAGAUAAGGGGAACUGAUAGAAACAACAAAUUUAACAUCUAAAAUCUUUAAAAAUUCUGACUUUUUUCUAAAAAUGUUACAAUUAAGUCAAAUCUGUGACCUCUGAUGAAGAAUUCUGACUUUAAUCUCAAAAAUCUGAGAAAAAAUAUCAACAUUUUUGCUCCUCAGGUCCAGCGUUUGAAGUCUCACCCUUCUAUUAUUGUCUGGAGCGGGAACAACGAAAACGAAGCAGCUCUGGCGACGAACUGGUUCAACAUCCCGUCAUCCCAGCGGCUCCUGUACCUGAAGGACUAUGUGACGCUGUAUGUGUACAACAUCAGAGCCAUCGUUCAAGAGGUGAGAGACUUGAUACGAAAUAAUAACCGAGUAUUUAAAGUAAUGAUUAAGAUCACAGUCGCCCCCUGGUGGCCGUUUAGUGCUUGUGCUCAGUGAGUUUGUCCACCUCUGAUUUACUAUGAAUACAUGUCACACCUCUUUAACUGAGAUUUUUUACCUGCAUUGUUAAUAUAAUCUUAUUUUUUAUCAAUUGUAACCUUUAUAUUUUGCUGAUUUUGCUAUGAUGGGCUUGUAUCGUGUUCAGGAGGACCAGAGUCGUCCGUUCCUCGUCUCUAGUCCCACAAACGGGGCUGAAUCGGAGCAGGAGGGAUGGGUGGCGGAGAACCCGUACGACCUCCGCUUCGGGGACACGCACUUCUACAGCUACACCUCCGACUGCUGGGAUUGGACGGCUUUCCCUCGAACACGUUUCGCCUCCGAAUACGGCUUCCAGUCCUGGCCGUCCUUCUCCACCCUGCAGGCUGUGUGAAAAAAAAAACAGAUUUCGUUGUGAUAAAAAAUUGCGAUAAAACAGAAAUGUCAUUCUCAAGUUUGGUUGGUGUUGUAAUUUGAGAUUGUAUUUAGUUGUAUGUCAUCUUUGUGGUGUUUCAGGUGUCUGUAGAAGAAGACUGGAACGUCACCAGUCAUUUCUUCUCCCACCGUCAGCAUCAUGAAGACGGGAACCAGCAGAUGUUGCAGCAGGCUGCUUUACAUUUCCACCUGCCGAACUCCACCGACCCUCUGAAGAGCUUCACAGACACUCUCUACCUCACUCAGGUAAAUUCUUAGAAAGAGGACUGAGGCUGUUCGAAAUAACGUCUAAUAAUUUUUUAUUUGGACUUUUUUGUUCAAGAAGGUGAUUUGGCAAAUAUUGAAACAGACGGUUACAGCGCUGAUUACAUUUAUAACUGAUUUCCAGGUCAUGCAGGCUCAGUGUGUGAAGGCUCAGACCGAGUUCUACCGGAGAAGUCAGAGUGAGAUCAUCGAGGGCGAAGGUCACACGAUGGGCGCCCUCUACUGGCAGCUGAAUGAUAUUUGGCAGGCACCUUCCUGGUCAUCGAUCGGUGCGUGGACUUACGUUAUCACCAACACUUCAGUAUUUAUGAUAGUGAUUUAAUCAAUAUCAGGUUGUCAGGAUAAGACUUGAGUAAAGCUGAAGUAUUUCUUUUAAACUUACAGACAUUUGUUUUGAUUAGACGUCAUUAUUACAAAAAUAAAAACCUCUAACUUCCUUGUUUGCGUCUGUGUUCACAGAGUUCGGUGGAAAAUGGAAAAUGCUGCAUUACUUUGCUCAGAACUUCUUCGCCCCCGUCCUGCCUGUCGGGUUUGAGGAUGGCGGCACGCUCUUCAUCUACGCCGUCUCGGACCUGAGUGACCUGAAGCUCCAGGCUGUGGUGUGUUUUUGGGAGUUAACUGUAUUUUUACGUUAUAUAUUUUUGUUUCUAUUGAGACAGCAGGAAGUAAAGGAUAAAUACGGGUUCAUACUGAAAUAUUAACGAGGGCAGAAGCUUCUUAUUGAAUCUGACUAUUUGUACUCUGUCAUGUCUUCUUAUUUCGUCUAUCAGAUGACCAUGUACUCGUGGUCAGAUCUGGAUCCAGUCUGCGCCCUGCAAUCAGAUCCACUCCUGGUUUCCGCGGGCAGCGCUGCGCUAAUUUACAAACAUAACGUUGAUGCCCUGCUGGCGGGAUGUGGGAACUGCACCCAAUUCACUUGCCUGCUCACCUUUCACCUGCAGGACAGCAGCGGGCAGCAGGGUCCCACCAACCAUCACUUCCUGUCCUCGCCUAAUGUCGCUGAUGGACUCCAGAGCCCCAACAUCACAGUGAGACGCUUAAUUUAUGGACGAAUAAACUAUUUAAUUUGUUUAAUUUUCACAUAUCAUGAAAACAGGUUUUACAUAUUCCUUUAAGCAAUUCUCAUUUUUUUCAGACGGUCAAAAAGUAUUUAGUAAUAAGUAAAAAUAAGUUAGAAAUAUGGAACUAUUUAAAUGGGUGAGACGAAAAACAAAUAGUGGUUCCCUUUAUCAAACAGCAGAGGGCGCCAAAUGUCCUCUACUUUUAUCUGCUGGGUAAAAUUACACUUGCGUUGGAGCUGGAGAUUUUAUCUGAAUCUUUUAUUUCCACACGAGACAAAACAAAAGUCAGAGUUUGUCAGAUUUUACUGUAUUUUACUGUAUAUUCAUGUCUGUGUGAUCAUUUUUGUUCCCUAUGAUGAUUAUUGUAGAUAAAAGCGGUUUUAUCUGUCUGUCUGAAAACCAUCCUAUGUGUUUCCCUCCAGGCCAAAGUCCAGCAGGAUGAGGCAGGAUACUCAGUGACCCUGAACACCGCUGCUGUCGCUCCUUUCGUCUGGCUCGACGUUGGGAAAAUCCCCGGACGCUUCAGCUCCAACGGCUUCCUGAUGGUCACCAGGAACAUGACGGUCAGUUUCACCGCGUGGCGUCCCACCAGCGUAGCCGAGCUCUCUGACUCCCUCACCGUCACCUCUUUAGGAGACAUUUACUGACCUGAGACCAGCUGGACCCGGUACCACCGUAUGUACUGUAGCCGUUUGGACGGGGAGAUGAAUAUUAUAGCUGCUGACGCACAUAUUUUCCAAACAGGUUUAGACGCCAAACAAAGAAGAAAGUUUCCAAGAAAUGCUGAGAGCAGAAAAGCCUCAGACAACAGUCAGACCAUUGUAGGAAACUAAACCUCCGCACAGAGCGACCCGCUGUUUUCAUUCAGUAGAGGGAAAACUUCGAGACACAACAGGCUGAGAAGUUUAAACUGGUUAUGAAAUUAAAACUCAUACCUCAUAUGAGCUUUUGAAGCAAACCAAACCAAACUUUAGGAACCUUUAGAUACAUUAUUUUCCACCGCUUGAGCAGCAAAUGUUUCCAUCUCUAUCCCCAGGCCUCUGAAACCCACCAGAACAGUGUUUAAAGCUGCUAAUUUUGCAUUAAAAGAAAAGUUACAUAUUUGUACGUAUUGCACUAAAUGUGAUCUUUGUGCAGUGUUCCUGUUUUUGCACAUCAAAAAAAAAAUGACACUUGAAUUUUGAAGUACUGUGACACUCUAUUGCACUGUCCACUUUCUGCUUUUUAUACUUCUUUGAUACGAGCUCGCUGUAAUUUGCCAACUUUGAAUAAAAAAUGAAUUUUUGAUGAA